AUGGCGACCGCUAUUCCCAAUAUACCCAUAGCUCAACAUAUGGCCGCUUCUUCGUCCCCUAUUGGGCUUUCGAGUCAAUUGUCUCCUCUGCCUCUGCAGUCAAGCCAGCUAUCUCCUAUAGACUCAAGUCUAUCCAAUUUGCAAUCAAGUCAACCAAGGAGAAGAGGAAGACCUUCAAAGAAUGUAACAACUGCCUUCAGCCCAAGUGUUCUUCAUUCUAUGAGUUUGUCAGCUUCCUCCCCUCAGUCCCAGCAGAGUGUGGCACAAGUACCCAGUAGUCAAUGGGACUGGGUCCGUAUUGAGCGAUUAAGUCAAGCUACUCCAGUUCGACCAUCAAAGUCUGCGUGUGAGUCUGCGUGUGAAAAAGAAAAUUCAGCUCCAAAUUCAGCUGAAGCAGGAAAACUAAACCAGAAAUCUGCCAAGCCUAUAAGAAAUAAGCGUGGACAAGUCGCGAAAGGCAGCUCCAAAGGCAACACAUAUAACUCCAUCACACUAUGA